CUUCUUUUUCUGCCAGCCAGCAGCGCAUUCGGACGUGUUCCCUUUGUGCUCCGUUGCAUAUAAAUAAUAAAUUUAUAAUUUAUUAACCAUGUCUGAGACAUUGCAAUUACGUGGAACCCUAAUUGGCCACAAUGGCUGGGUCACCCAAAUCGCUACCAAUCCCAAGGAUCCCGAUACCAUUAUCUCGGCAUCUCGUGACAAGACCCUGAUUGUGUGGAAAUUGACCCGCGAUGAGGACACCAACUACGGUUAUCCCCAGAAGCGUCUCUAUGGACACUCUCACUUCAUCAGCGAUGUUGUUCUCUCAUCCGAUGGCAACUAUGCUCUGUCUGGCUCCUGGGAUCAGACUCUGCGUUUGUGGGAUUUGGCUGCCGGCAAGACCACUCGCCGCUUCGAGGGACACACCAAGGAUGUUUUGUCGGUUGCCUUCUCGGCCGAUAACCGUCAAAUUGUCUCCGGUUCUCGGGACAAGACCAUCAAGUUGUGGAACACUUUGGCUGAAUGCAAGUUCACCAUUCAAGAGGAUGGACACACCGAUUGGGUGUCCUGUGUGCGUUUCUCGCCAAACCACUCCAAUCCCAUCAUUGUUUCCUGUGGCUGGGAUCGCACCGUCAAGGUCUGGAACUUGGCCAACUGCAAGUUGAAGAACAACCACCAUGGCCACAAUGGCUACUUGAACACUGUCACCGUCUCCCCUGACGGUUCCCUGUGCACAUCCGGUGGCAAGGACUCCAAGGCUCUGCUGUGGGAUCUGAAUGACGGCAAGAACUUGUACACUCUGGAGCACAACGACAUCAUCAAUGCCCUGUGCUUCUCGCCCAACCGUUACUGGCUGUGCGUUGCCUAUGGUCCAUCCAUCAAGAUCUGGGACUUGGCCUGCAAGAAGACCGUUGAGGAAUUGCGCCCCGAGGUUGUUUCACCCACCUCGAAGGCCGAUCAGCCACAGUGCUUGUCCCUUGCCUGGUCCACCGAUGGCCAGACCCUGUUCGCCGGCUACUCUGACAACACCAUCCGUGUGUGGCAAGUGUCUGUAUCAGCUCACUAAAGCAUUGACUACCAUAAUUAUAUUUCUACAAGGAUUUACCUUUUUUGGAUGGCGCGAAAUUGAUUUGUUUUAAGUUGAAACAAAAUGGGAGAAAAUAAAUUAUAAGCGAGAGUCGUCCUCACAAAAAAUA